GUUAGGGGGUGUCAUGUUCUCUUUUUCCAAUGGAGUUCUGAUUGUAAUUCUUUGGACAAUACUCAUCAACCAAUUGACUGUCUACAGUUGUGCUGGGUACCUUUUUAAUUACAUCAUUAAACAGGAGGCACCAGAAAAUGGAUUCUGGUUUAACACGACACUUGAUCUCGUUCAGUUUAUUGGAUUCAUUCUCUACCCCAUCACUGGCCUACUGGCAGACAUAUACUGGACGAGAUUCAAUACAAUGUAUGCUGCCAUGUACUUCAAUGUUAUAGGCACAGCUAUAUUAACAAUUGCUUCUUUUCUGAGCUACUACGGUCAAACAGCAACCUGGCCUUUUGUAAUGGCUGGGAUGGUGCUACCAUUAGGUAUGAUACAGACUGGGGUUGCACUCUUUUCCUCUAAUGCUGUUCAAUUUGCAACCGAUCAAAUGCCAGGAGCUUCCUCAAACGAGCUAAGCUCAUUCGUUCAUUGGUAUUUCUGGGCUAUUUUUAUUGGACACGGCGAAGCAAACCUGAUAUUUUUAUUUCUGUACAUUUUUACUUCGUUGGACAAAGCAGUCAGACUGACCUUACUAAUAGUUUGUGUAGUCCAGGUUUUCUGUUGGGCUAUUGGGGUCGUAGGAAUCACCCUCUUAAGACAUAAGCUAGUAAACGAACCUGCAGGUCGAAACCCACUCAAACACUUAGCAAAGGUUCUCCGGUACUCCUGGCAUCACAAGGCUUCACGUUUUGAGUUCAGAAGUGCUUUUACAUAUGGAGUUGAAUCUCCCACUAGACUUGAUUUUGCCAAGGAAAGAUUCGGAGGUCCUUUUACAACGGAAGAAGUUGAGGAUACAAAGACAUUCUUUCGUGUAUUACUAGUCAUGCUUAGUGUGAGUGGAUACUUCUUCAUUGAUGCAACUGUAGCCACAAGCUCUCACAUGAGAGAAAUAAAAACUGCACUUAAUCUAAAAGCUGAUGUUGCAUUUGAUUACUUCAAUGUUAUGCCAUUCACGUGCACAACCUUCACAAUAUUAAUAUUGAUACCAUUAUAUCACUGUUGUAUGAGGAAACAUGUCAAGAAGUACAUGCCAUCAUUGCUUAAGAGGAUGUUCUUUGGAUUGGUGUUUGCAUUACUGUCAGUUAUACUUCUUCAAGUCAUAGAAAUUGUACUCUCGGUGGAAGUUCAUGCCCUGACCUCCUGCGAUAGGUGUAGUUUGAUUAAUAAUGACUCAAUCUGUUUAUGGAAUUAUAGUUUGCACACUCAAGACUUUAACUUUGAACUCUUUCCUUAUCAAGUAAUCUUCAUCCCUCAAAUCUUCAAUGGAAUUGCAUUUCUCUUUGUGUGUCUAACUGCAAUUGAAUUCAUUCUUGCUCAAGCCCCAAGACUAAUGCAAGGAUUUCUCAUUGGCCUUUGGUUCUUUUUGACGAGCUUUAAGAUACCGGUUGGGAUGCUGCUAUCAGUCAAUGUAAUUGAUUGUCAAUUCUAUGCAGUUAGUUUUAGGGUAGUGGCAAUGAUUCUAUUGCUCCCAUUGUAUGCAUUGACUGCUUCUAGAUACAAGAGGAGAGAGAGAGAUGAGUAUGCUGCCAUUAAUGAACAAAACAUUAUUGAAGAGUAUGUCGUCAAAGGAUUGGAUAGACGUGACGAAUAUUACAAACAACUUUCUGAUGAAUACCAUAUUUCUAAUUAGGUCAGCACUGUAAUGAUAAUUAUGAAUUAACGAGAAUUAUUUUAUCGAACAGAAGACAAUUUAAA